GAGGACCGUCACAUGGCUCCAGAUUUACUGACUUUCUACGUGAUAACCAACUGAAGCAUGGGCAACAUGUACCGAGGAUUAAAUAAAAAUAAGAUUUCGGCCACUUCCGUUUCAUCGUCAAUGCCAACAAAAUACCAAAGAGUGGUGAUAACAAAUCACGAGAAGAAGGGGUUUGCAUCUCAAGCUAGGAGAUUCCCUUCACAAGUGUGUCUGAAUGAAAAUCCAGGACCAGGCAGCUAUGGAUUUAUUUCCAGCACUGAAGUCAAAUGUCCUUCCUUCUCGAAGAAAGGCACCACAGGUUUUGUUGCAUCCAAGACUGCCAGGACCUCCAGUAACCCGCGGAGAGGCCUCCCAGGACCAAAUGCAUACAACCUGCAGAGCACCUUCAUAAACAAGAAUAACUACAGUAUUGGAGUCUCCAGAGUGUUCAGGUUGCCUGUGGCUGUGCAGCUGGAUGGUCCAAAGCACAAAACUCCAGCCCCGAAUCAAUACGAUGUCAGUUGUGAUACUAGAAAGAGCUUGUCCUCAGUGGUUGGUACAUCAGCUUUCCUGUCAAAAACUGGACGCGACCCUUUUAACCCAAACAAAAAUGCUCCAUCCCCGUGCCACUAUGAGGUGAGCGGCCAUUUACUCCAGCACGGCACCAAGGCAGUCUUGUCCCCCUUCAAAUCAAAAACUCAGAGAAUCCCCCCUCAGGUUGACAACCGGGUACCAGGCCCCGGAGCCUAUAGUCCCCAUCAGACCCCUGCACCCGUGAAGAGGACCAUCCUGCCGAGAGGAUAUUAUUUGGCACUAUCAGCACCGGCUCUGAUUGUUCCUAAGGACCCUCCCCUGCCAGGCCCUGGGCAGUAUGACAUCGGGGAUUAUAAUGGCAUGUCUAAGCAUCCCAUGCCCACAGCUGCAUUUGCAUCCAGAACUGAAAGGAUAACCCAAAACUCACAGGCCGACAUGAGGCCAGGUCCAGGUUUCUAUGAUCCACAGAUUUUGCCAAAGCAGUCCUUCUUCUACAAUGACUCCAGAGUCUGGCUUCCCGUAUAAAGCUUUUAAGGAAACCUGCACAGCAGAUAUGUACAUUUUUCACAAACAUGAACUAUCUGUAUCAAAAUGCUUCCAUGCACGGUAUGUGUCUCUGUGUUAAAAUGUACAGGGGUUUAUGUAUCGCUGACAUAUUUGUUCAGUAUUGUUGGUAAA